CGGAAGAAGUGUUGACUGUUGAUGUGGCAAAGGGUCGCUCGCGCUCGGCCGCUGCAGGAGAAAAUCGCCCAAAAAUGCCGAAAAUAGAGAUGAUUCCUUUCAAAGAAGGCCAUCACUGAGGUCACUGGACUCGGGAGAGAGCACAGGACGAGAAGACAGGAGGUGAUAUUAGAGAGAAGAAGAGGGCUGACCCAUAGGCCUAUGCACCGAAGAUUGAAACUGACACCUGUUCUUAGGAGCCCUUAGUUCUGCUUUUACGAGGGAGGUCGAUCUGCUCCGUUCUCCGAGGUGGAGGAAGAGGAUUAGCAACGUCACUUGUUGAUUAGCAGACGAGGUAACAUGUCUGAGAAAUCAGUGGAUGGUGCGCCUGUGGACCCAGGGCCUCUGGUGACCCUGGCAUCAGAGCAGCUCGCAGUGAUUGAAACAUUUACCGAGAUGGAGGCCUUCAUCUAUGGCUCCUUCACCCUCCUGGCCCUCAUAGCUCUGGCUUUGCACUUCCUCUCCCUGAAGACCAAGAGCCAAAUCACGGCAGCCAAUAACCCUCAGUUCAAGAGGUUCCAGUUUUCGUUUUUCCUGGUGUACUUCAUGGCAUUGUUCUCUGACUGGCUGCAAGGCCCUUAUGUGUACAAGCUGUAUGAACACUAUGGUUAUGCCAGCAACCAGAUUGCCCUUCUCUAUGUGGUGGGUUUUGCUAGCAGUGUCAUCUUCGGGACAACAACAGGACCUCUGGCAGAUCGGUUUGGUCGAAAGAAGAUGGCACUCUGCUUCUGCGUCAUGUACUCCUUCUGCUGCCUGACCAAACUCAGCUCAAGCUUCUUCUGGCUGUUCAUGGGUAGGGUUUUUGGCGGCAUAUCAACAUCCAUGCUCUUCUCGACCUUUGAGUCAUGGUAUGUCUAUGAGCACACAGAAACACAUGACUUCCCUAGUGAGUGGCUGUCUGUGACCUUUUCCAAGGCGACCUUCUGGAACGGUGUGCUGGCCAUAAAUGCUGGGGUGUUCUCUAACAUCUUUGCAGAGACCUUGGAGUUUGGACCAGUUGCUCCCUUCAUGCUUGCCAUCCCCUUCCUGGCCAUGGCAGGUCUAAUCAUCUCGCAGACCUGGAGAGAAAAUUUUGGAAAUCAAGCCAUUGAUCUGAGGAAGUCCUGCAUGGAAGGUCUUCGGUCUAUAUUGUUCAAGGACUCGAUCCUUUUCUUGGGUGUGGUUCAGUCUCUCUUUGAAGCCAACAUGUAUAUUUUUGUAUUCCAAUGGACCCCUGUCCUGGGACCUGGCCACCCUCCCCUUGGCAUGGUAUUUGCAAGCUUCAUGGUCUGCAUUAUGAUUGGUUCGUCCAUAUACUCCAUGCUCUUCUCCAAGAAGUAUACGGCUGAACAACUCUUGCUGGUGGCAGUUGGUAUGGCUAUUGUAGCCAUGUCUUUGUGCAUUUAUUCCACCAGCGGCAACCACUUGUACCUCUCCUUCCUUGCCUUCCUCAUUCUGGAAGUGUCCUGUUGGGAUGUACUUCCCAGCCAUCGGGUACCUGCGGUCCCAGGUCAUUCCAGAGGAUCUGAGAGCAGGCAUCAUGAACUGGUUCAGAGUCCCAACUAAUAUCAUUACGUGUGCUGGUCUGCUGCUUGUCCACAAUAAUACUAUUAUUAGUUCAACUGAGUGUAUGUUUGCAAUCUGUACUGGCAUGUUAGUUAUUGCAUUAUUUAGUAAUAUGAAGUUUAUUUCUCUAUACAGUAAUAGCAAGACUUUGAUCACUCACACUGAAGAUAAAACACCAUUGACGAAAGAGGAGUCAUAGUGUGUACAAAAAGAACUUUAGAAUGAAAUAUAUAGGUGAAUAGUGGAAGAGAAAUUUAUGUCAGAAUGGGCAAGAAAGUUUAGACACAAACUUUGUGAACUGACAUAUAGUUCGGCUUUGUAUUCCAAGAUAUUCAGGAGUUUUAUAUACUGUGGGACAUUGAUUUAACUCUUAGAUGCACUUUUCUGUUUUUCUUUGAUAGGGAGUCCUAAAUUCUUUAGAAUAAAAUAGAGGGAAAAUGCCAUGGGGUCAGAUUGAUUACAUAAUUUUAUUCAGUAGCCAACAUGACGUAGGUGUUAUUAAUUAAUGAAUAGUGAUAAGAUAUAGUUUUUUUAAUAUCUUCGGGCUCUUAUCAGGAGGGGGGCAUUUUUUCAUGAACAAAUCAGAUUUGGUGUAAUAUGAAGUAAUGCAGAGAGACUUAAGGUAAUGAAAUUAAAUCUUUUUUUAGUAAUGGGAAUACAUAUUGAUUUCAGUUUUGGUUGGUGAUAUGACAACAUGAAGAAAAUAGGUUGAUGGUAUAUGAGUGAGUGGAUGGUAGCUGAAAAAGUCACUUUCUUAUACAUUUGUGAUUUACUUAAACUGUAAAGAGUUAUGAUCUGUGAUGGACUUUUAAUUUAUCAAAUCUGUGAUGUAAUAAAAAAAAAAAAAGAUAUUGUGUGAAUUUGAAUGAAUUUUAUCUUUAUGUAUGAAAAUUUAAUUGGAUAAGUUUCCUUUUUUCUUUUCUGUUGAAGUAACAAAGACCCUUGAAGCAUUUAGAAGAAUGCAUAACUUUAUACAUGAUAAAUACACACAAAAAGAAAGGGAAUAGCCGUUAUAAACCUGUAACAUCCUAUGUUGUAAAUGUGAAAAUCUAGAUUACUUGCAGGCAUUUCACUUAGAUUUAUUUUGAAAUGUAUAAGUUACUAGUUUGUGACUUGACACUUAUUAUGAUUCUUCUUCUUAUUUUUUUUGUAGAAUUGUAAGGGACCUACCUAUAUGUGAUCAUACAAAUUUGUCUUGUUUGACUAAUGUACAUAAGUGCCAGAUAUAUUGAAGUUCAAAAUUACAUCAUGUGUGGCAGUUGUCCAAAUGAGUUGGAACAUGCAUGUAAGGCAUUUCAGCGAAGGUGAAUAUGAGGUGGUUUGAUGAAAAUAUUGCAGCACAAUAUCGGCAGUGAUAUUUGAAAGUCAGGUGUGUUUAACAUCUUGUUCUGUUUUGCACUUCUGUGGAUAUCUGAUAAAACUGUCUGUGAUUUUCAGAGCCAGAUUUCUCAUCCUUCAAAAUUGAUUCACAGAUUCAGCCUGGUAUACAAAUGUCUCGAGGCUUGGCCCAUGGAUUUAUGUUGUUCUUGUAUUAUUGGAAAAGUAAAUGACUGUAGAUAUGUUUCUGAAAUCUGUUCAAUUUGUGCAUUGAAAUGUAUUUUGUAGUGGAGGGUCAUAAUUACAGUUUUAAAUACAAGUGUGUUCAGAACCAAAGGACUGUACAACAAGAGAAGAGCCUCUUGGUUAAGUGUUGUUUAAAAAAGUACUAAAUAUAUCAAGAUAAAUCCCCCUUGCAGAAAAGAGUAUCUCAUAUAAAGUCAUGGAAUACCUUUGUGGUUGAUUCUCACGCGUAGAUAAGGUCUUUUGUCACUUGGUUUUCCGGUUUCAAGUGAGAAACAGCGCCAGCCAUUGAACGAGAAAUUGAUAAGCUGAUAUAGUAAGCAGAUCAAGCGACAAGUUGAGAUGGCAUGUGGAUGGAUUGAUGAGUUCUGAUGGCAGGUAGUUAUUUUGAUAGAUCCGAUGACUUUCUGGAGGAUCUGUGUGUUGUGAGGCAGCUAAAUUAUCCUCAUUUUCAAUAUGUAUAUAUUGCAGGCAUCUUCAUAUUGCAUGUUUCUGUGUGUCACUUCUUUGUAUACUGCAAGAUUUUUUUUUAGAUAUUUUAUAAUGAUGCACUUCAGAAUCACACAAUUGCGAUGGAGUGCUGAUCCUUAAUAUUUUGGAUAUAUGUCUUGUUAUUAUUAUUUUUUUUUUUUCUUUCUUUUUU